CAAUAACCCCGAUUGUGCAAACGAAAUGAAGCAGAACACACUAAAGAAUAUCUAAAUUAUAGAUUUUAAAAUAGAAGUGUGUCAUGUAUCUGCGUAUGAAGUAAACGGGUGACGCGGCACCGAUUUACUGAUAUAAAUACGUUGACACAAUCAAAUCCAUAGCAACGCUGUUUGAACGAAGUCUGAUACAAGUUUCACUAACGGUCUGAGAAAAAUUUGAAAAUGAGGGAAAUAGUACAUAUGCAAGCUGGUCAGUGUGGAAACCAAAUUGGAGCUAAGUUUUGGGAAGUUAUCUCAGAUGAACACGGUAUUGACCCCACAGGAACCUACCAUGGAGAUUCAGAUUUACAGCUAGAAAGAAUAAACGUCUACUACAAUGAAGCCACCGGUGGAAAAUAUGUGCCACGUGCAGUGUUGGUUGAUUUGGAGCCUGGAACCAUGGACUCUGUCAGAUCUGGACCAUUCGGUCAAAUCUUCAGACCAGACAACUUUGUUUUUGGACAGAGUGGUGCAGGAAACAACUGGGCCAAGGGACAUUACACAGAAGGUGCUGAACUUGUAGACUCUGUUCUUGAUGUAGUCAGGAAAGAGGCUGAAAGCUGUGAUUGUCUUCAGGGAUUCCAACUUACACACUCACUUGGAGGUGGAACCGGAUCAGGCAUGGGAACACUCCUCAUCUCAAAAAUUCGUGAAGAAUACCCAGACAGAAUCAUGCUCACAUUCUCAGUUGUACCAUCACCAAAAGUAUCAGACACAGUCGUUGAACCAUACAAUGCCACACUCUCUGUACAUCAACUGGUAGAAAACACAGAUGAAACAUACUGCAUUGACAAUGAAGCUCUAUACGAUAUUUGUUUCAGAACCCUCAAACUGACCACACCAACAUAUGGGGAUCUUAACCAUCUUGUCUCCGCAACAAUGUCCGGCGUAACAACAUGUCUCCGAUUCCCAGGUCAGUUGAACGCUGAUCUCCGUAAAUUGGCUGUCAACAUGGUACCAUUCCCACGUCUUCAUUUCUUCAUCCCAGGCUUUGCUCCUCUGACAUCACGUGGUAGCCAACAGUACAGAGCUUUAACUGUACCAGAACUUACCCAACAGAUGUUCGAUGCUAAGAACAUGAUGGCAGCUUGUGAUCCCCGUCACGGCAGAUACCUCACAGUUGCUUGCAUGUUCAGAGGACGUAUGUCAAUGAAGGAAGUUGAUGAACAGAUGUUGAACGUACAGAACAAGAACAGCAGCUACUUCGUUGAAUGGAUCCCCAACAACGUCAAGACAGCCGUCUGUGACAUUCCACCACGUGGUCUUAAGAUGUCCGCCACAUUUAUUGGUAACAGCACAGCCAUCCAGGAACUUUUCAAGCGUGUAUCUGAACAAUUCACCGCUAUGUUCAGGCGUAAGGCUUUCUUGCAUUGGUACACUGGUGAGGGUAUGGACGAGAUGGAAUUCACAGAAGCCGAAUCCAACAUGAAUGAUUUGGUAUCAGAAUAUCAACAAUACCAGGACGCAACAGCAGAAGAGGAAGGAGAGUUCGAGGAAGAGGAAGGAGAAGGAGAAGAAGCUUAAAUAAACACUAGAAAACAAAAUUUUAAUUCUACUGAAAGUGCCAUGUGUAAUUGAUAAGAUCGGAAAGAGACACUCAUAAAAACGAACGUUCUUCAUGUAGUUUUAAAUAUUAAUUAAAGUAAUAAUUGCAUUA